CACUGAAACUGCAACUUUUCCCAUACUCAUACGAAGACAAACUGGAUUCAUUUCUACAAAAUAAAUUUAUUACCUCCCAAACAAAGGUACCGUAUUGCAGCCUUAUAUUUUAAAAAAUAUGUGUCAUUAACUGAGUCUGUAGUGUAGCCUACUUUUAAACUUUUAUUUUAAUUUGUCAGACUUUCUGUCUUUGAGAUUUUGACUUUGACAUGUAAAAACUUCCACUUCCAAUUCAAUCAUCAUUCAAUGAUUGAUUCAAUGCCAAAAGUAAAGUAAGUGAGCUAAAGUGUGGCAGUGGCAAUCAGCCGCCAAGUCAACUCAAACUACUCAAAGUCAGUCUUUUUCUUUCACUUUCAGUACUCUUUUUUUAAAGUCUUUACUAGUUUUUACCGUUUACUACAGACUACAACCUUUAGUAGGCUAGUAUGUAAUUUUAAGACUUGGAGUUGGAGUUUAGAGUAAUAGUUCUUACUGAACUGAGUUAUUUGUAAGAAAUUGAAGUAUUUGGAAAAAAAUAUUUAACCUUACAAAAUAGGCUCUUUGUCUUUCUUAGCUACUCUUAAACUUAAGACAGGCAUGUUUAAUUUCAAUAUGUUAAUGUUGUUGUCAUUUGUUGUGGCAGUUGGUGGAGAUAUUGCAGGAAAUUUCAAAUAGCAGAUAGUUGUAAGAUUGUAGGCAACUACUAAAUUCCACUCAGAAAUUCAAACACUUGUAAUAAAACGCAUUGAAUGAGCAGUUCAGACCUGUUUACUCGUACAAUUUUGGCGUACAAUGUACGAUUUUGAGGUGUAUACAUUGUAUAUACUGAUGUUUAAUUUACUGUUAAGAUAAUGUAUUGAUUGAUUUUGUGAUGAUAUUGUACGAUUUUAAGAGUUUGAGGGUAAACAGGUCUGGCAGUUACGUUACUUUGUAAGUUUAAUAAUUGUUUUAUCAAGUAGGCCUACAUGGUUAAUUGACACUUAACAACUUUAAGUAGACAUACUGUCUGAAAACAUGUUACUUGUGGCUAAAGUGUCACUGGAAAACAAAAGUAUCUUGGAAACAUGUCAUGGCUUGUUCCACUUUGAUAAUGCAAUUUCUGCUUGACCUGCACCCAAAGUCCUUCAAUAGUAAUAGUGUUACGUACCGUUAUCAGUAUGAAGAAAUUGAUCUUUUAUUUAUUUAAAUGGCUCGUUCUUAAACAGUACACAACAAAAGACAAUACCAUAGGCAUAGGUUAAAUACUGUAACAAAGAAAACGAUACCCAAACUAGGGCUAAUUGCAAUUUAAUAAUUUAAUUAUGUUAAUUAUAAUAAAUUACAAAAUCAAAAAGAAAUAUAAUUAAAGCUAUCGACUUACAGUAUAAUGAUUGGCUUGUACCGGUACAAUGUUGAAGAAGAUAAAAUGUUGUAAAAAAGGUACAAUGAGGAAAAGGAAUCUACACACAUAUUAAACAAACCUCUGUCUCGUAGCAAAAAUUCUAGCCAAAAUAACACAAAAAUAUCUCUUGUCUUAUCUGGCUCCUGUCGCCCAAGGGCUUUAUACAGCCUGUUUCAUAGAUACUUCUAUAAAAGAUUAUGCAUUCUAUUCCCGUCCUGAUGCUUCUAAAUAAUUCUACAGAAUUCUAAUAAUAAUCCAGACCAUAGAUUUUAGUUAGUUGAAACCGAGGUCAAGGGAGACUAUAUUUAAUUAGCCAUACCCUAAUAGCUCUGCCAAACUAGGGGUCAGCUUAAGUUCAUUCACCAGAAAAGAUGAAAGAAAAGUAAACAAGAAGCCUAUAACUAUAGUCUGUGUGUGGAUUUAUGGGUGUGGAUAGCCAGCCCAUGUAUCAGUAUCUGGAUGUACAUGAGCAGUUGUAAUGUUAAUGUGUUCAAGUUUUGGUGCAUUUCUCCAUGCUACAAUUUUCAAAAAAUUUUGAAACUUACCGCAAUUAUUACUGUUUUGUAUUAGAUGGUAUUUUGCAAGCCACACUAACCAAAGUAUGCUGUCAUGCGUGCUGUCAUUCAGUGCCUUCGGUGUUGUGUCGUAAGUUUGCAGAAUGUUUCCUGGCAAACCAUUAUUUGUAAAAUGAAAUGGUGCUAGCAGUCUGGCGGCCAUUGUAAUGUUUAUUUUAUAUUAUUACAAUCAAUUAGUCUGCAAGACAGCUGCAAAUAUUCAGAAUCGUAGACAUAAACAGUUAUGUUACCAAUUAUGGGCUGCUAUUAGGCUGGUAGCCUGGAUUUUUCUAACAAAAAGUAUACUAUAUUAAAUUUGGGAUCGGCGUUUGGAGUAGUGACAUAAUUUAAGUGUAGGCCUAAUAAUGGAUAAGUUAUUGUGCAGGAUGUUCUGAACACUGUAACUUUUGUACGCUGUAACAUUUUGGUCAGUGGGCCAGAUUUUUUUUUUUUUUCCAGAGGGCCAGACCCACUGCCCUAAGCAAUCCCACAUUAACAUUAUGCAUACAUUAGUGUGGCCUAAUUUGCCAGAGCUUCCAUAAAGUACCAUAGGCAUAGGUCAUUUUUAAUUUAAAUUAGACAGAAAGUUUACAAUAAAGUUAGGCAUAUAAACAUUUUUUAAAGAAAUUUAUGAUCUUGUUACAGUUAAGCUAUUAAAGAACAGUGAAAAUAAACUUUAUUUUAGAAAGGAAAUUCAACUGUUUUAAUUAUCUAAUCUAUAUUAAAGGAAAAGAAGUAUUCUUGUUGGUUUUCCUUGGCUGCUGAAAAUUAUCUGUGCAUUAAAUGAAACUAACUUUCACUGUUUAAAAUUCUCCUGUAGUGGCAGUAGUGAGUAUGAAGUUAAAGCAACUUGCUUUGUUUUCCAGAUGAUUGUCUUUGAUCCUAACAUUGUCAAGUUUUUAACUGCUAGUUCCCUGAUAGUUGGAUACUGCAAUUCUGCUUCUGCAACCAACUCACACCAGACAAAUGCUACAGCAUAGUCACAAAGUUUCAAUUUCAGAUGCUUAUUUCCCUGGAUAUCAACUGCUUCAAGCUAAAUAGCACCUUGAUUAAUUAUGGGAAAUAUACCAUUAGGAAUGACCAUUAUUAAAUCUAGAACAAAAAAUUAAAUAUCUUUUACAGUCCUGUAGAAUCUUUUAUAGUAUUUUCUGUGCAUUUUAAACAUGCCUGACUUGAUCAAGCUGUUAUUUUGUCACAUAAUUAGGCCUACUGAUUGUAUGAAAAUGCAACAUUAUCAUCAUCAAUGGUGGUACAGCCCAUGUAGUGCUCUGGCCUGCUUCAUCACAUCCAUUCAGGCUGGUCCAUGGCUCAUUGUCUCGAUCAUUAGAGCCUAAUCAGAUGUACUGGUAAAUCUGUCUCAACAUCUUCAAUCCAUCUGCCUCUUGUUUUCUGUCAGUGGCAAAUAGGGCACAUUUCUUAUGAAAGCUAUCUAUAGCAUUUCUGUUGAAACUCCAUGGAAGUCUUUUUUCUAACUUGUAGUCAAAUAUGAACUGGUUAAGAUAGCCAGCACUCUCCACCAAAUAAAGCAACAAUUACCAUAUAGUCCAGUCUUGAGAAAAUGAAAUACAUUCUCAAGAAGUUACCAAAAUUGCUCCAAAACUCUUCCUUUUCUUAGCCACCUUUCACAAGUCUGUAAGAAUUUAACAGCAUGCACCCCCCCCCCCCCCCAAUGAUUACCAAAUCUAAAUGAUCACUAAUUAAGUUGUUAUUGUCACUAAGGGAGUUCAUUGAUGGCUGAUUUCUUCUUCUUCUAUAUAUUAAGACCCCACGAUCAAUUUAUUGAUCAUUUUUGCUCCUAUGCAUGUAGAGAGGAUUUGCAAUGUUUCUGUGCCUGGUGCUGAUAAGGAUAUUUCAAUGAUUACAAGUGCUACUUUGUGAAGGAAUCAUGCAAUGGGCGUUGGAAGGCUUGAGGCAAUAGAUGCAAAUGUGUCUGGAAAUAUUUUCAUAAAAUUUUAUGAAAAACUCAAGAUUUUUAAUGUUUUCAAUAAUGGGUUUAUAUUUAGUUCAUCAGUCAAAAUCGACCAUGACCAUUUUAAUCAUCGUAUUUGUUUUAGUUCUGAAUUUGGCUGUGGGUGCUCAAAAGGCUGAUUCUGGCAUGAAAUGUUCUUCAGUAAGCGCAGGGGAUUGAUGAGACAUCUCCAGGUGCAGUGUUCAUGUUUUCAAUAUAAAUUUGAUAUAUGAUAAUUUCUCUUAAACUCAAACUUAAUUUUUUCUGUGUGCAGAAAUUGGAUAAAAGAAUGAUAAACUACAGAUAGCCACAUAUUACUGAACUAGAAAGGGGAAAAUAUGGCAUCAAAUAAGGAAUCAAGAAAAAUUGUCCUAAUGGUGAGUUCUUAUGGGUAUUUGGUUAGUCUUCAUUUUUAGGACUGACCAUUCAAAACAAGUUAUAAAUAUGGCAAAUACAGUUGUUAAAAUUAUCAAUUAACAGUAGAUCACACUUUAGGAAUUCAUAAGUUAAUGCAUUAAUAUUAGUAGCUGGUGGGAGAUAAGUUUCAAUGGAAUUCACACAAAAAACUACACAACAAUUUUCCUCUCACUCCCUGAAAUGCUUUAUUUUAUCUUCCAUUAGUCAUUCAAUAAGUCUGUCACCAUUAAGGCAUUACUUUAAAAAAAGUAGGAUAUGAAAUGUACUAAUUUACAACAAAGAGGUUACAUAAAGUAUGUCAUGAGAGGUGGGGGGUGUCUUAGAAAGUGUGACAGUUUUGAGGGGAUUGGGGUAAAGAUCUUGUGUGAGGGCACACAUUUUUUAUUUUUUAAUAUACCGGGUACAUAUAAAACCUGAAAUUGACAGUGAUAUUGAACUUUCUGUUGUAAUUGAUGCAUUCUGACAGAAGAUGUCACUUUUAUAAAUUUAAUAGUAAAUAAUAAAGUGUGUUUCAGAUUAAAUUUUAAUUAAGUUUUAAUAUUUAAGGGAUUUUUUUGGUUUGAAAGUGUGACAUAGUUUGGGGUCUGGGGUCCUUACAUUUGUGACAAGAGGGAGGGAGGGGAUAAAUAAUACUGUCAGAAAAUAAUGUGACAUACUUUAUGGUUGGCUCCUAAAUAAAGAAGCUAAAAAAUGUUUUGUUUGUAGAAGAAUGCUUAAAGCCUAUUUAUACAUUAAUUUGUAUUUAUGUUUAGCAAACAUUUAACAUAAUUCAAGAUUCUUUAUAUAUUCUAACCAUUAUGGUAAAUCAGCAUUUUUUUAAAACUGUAUAUUUCUCAGAAUAUACCUUCCUCCUAUGAUGCUGAACUUGUAAAGGACUAUAUAGAGGGUACUCUUGACAUUGAUGUUAUGGAAGUUAAUAUUUUUCCAUACAUCCCAGGGAGAGCUCUUGCUACACUCAAGGAUGAUCUAAAAGGUUGGAAUUGAAAAUCCAGAUUAAUUUAUUGUAAAAUUUAAAUUUAUUGAAGGAUUUUUCAAUUUAAAAAAAUUGUUUUGGUAUUUAGACUGGUGCCUCAAACCCAAUUUAUAAAAAAUUCCACAGGCCAACUUAAAAACUUUCUUAGUGUUAUUUGGGGUGCUGAUUCCAAAAAUUGCACCCCAAAUAACAGAUUUAUCAUAAGAGCUCUAGUUUUUAACACAUUGUUGGAUUUAUGAAAAAAUAUUUUUCUAUUUACUUUCUUUUUAUAAAAAAGUCAUUGGCAUAAAAUUGAUAAAUUAAGGGGACAAAAUCAACUUUGUUCUGCUAAUUAUGUGCAAAAUAUUUAAAUGUCAAAUCAAGAUAUUAUUAAACUACAUAAACAGCGGCAUAUAGAUUUUAUUUUCAACAUAAAAGAAAUCUGUACUGAGUUUGAAAAUAAGAAAAACAUUACAUAGGUUAUUUGGUGCCUUUUUUUGGAGAUCAAGAUAAGCUAUGUGCUCCGCAUAAUGUAUGCAAAGCUUGCAUGAAGCAAUUGCUCCUUUCGUCGAUUGCUUCCCUCCAGACUAGGGGAAAAGAAUGUACUUCAGCCUGAAAACAACAUUUCAUUUCAAUAAAGUUUUUUUUAAAUAAAUGGCAACAAAUAAUGUUUAAUUUCCAAUAUGUCAAUCCCCAGUAUAAAAAAAAAAGUCUUUGGAAAGAUAAUUUACUGUCUUAAAAAAAAACAUGUUUAUGUGAUUUGCCUAGACUUGAAAAUUACUUUUUCCCCCUGGUUUACAAAAUGGGUACACAGGUAUCCUUGAUUUUCAUGUCUUUGGAAUAGUGGAGUUCAAUAUGAACAUUUUGGCAAAACAAAAUUGGCCUUCAAGGGAAAUAUGGUGGUCAGAGGAAAAAUGUAAACAAUUAAAGCAUUAGAAACACAAGAUAGAUCAUUCUACUGCAAAUGAAUAUAUGAACUAGGCCUACGUGAAAAAAUAGUUUGUAAAUGCAAAAACAUUCAAUAGAGAUCAAAUAUGACUUUAUCACAGAGAAGCUGGAAUUUUGAUGGUCCACAGAUCAGAAAAUGCGUAAUUACCAACCUUUCAUAAAAUCUAUGAAUGAAAUUGAAUUUGAAUCAAUCUUCUCAGUUUUUAACUGUUCCCGAGUAAAAAAACUUAUUGCAAUCACUUAGAUUGGUGUUCAGAGAACCAUAAGUGAAGAGUAAAAUAAAAGAUUUCACCAUCACAAAUGCUUGCAAUGGCAGCCAGAUACCAAAGUAGAUGAAAUGCAUAUAUGAUGGAAAUUUUUUUGGAAUAUUAUUCGAGAUUGUCCUGGAAAAUGCUUCUUAUCUUUUGAAUUCUUGUGAAAGGAGAUUGAUUUGUGCAGAAUUUUAAUACAAAGUCUCCAGUAAAUCUGUUCUUUUGGUAUAAGAUAAGCACAUUUUAAUGUAGCAUACUUUUCUAUAAUUAAUAUAAUGCUUAAAUGUUCAAUAUCUCAAAAACUAGAACUGACAGGGCAAACUUGUGCUAUUUUUGGAAUCACCUGAUCAAAUAUACCUAGAGACAAGUCUAACAUUGGCCAGUGAUACAAUUCAUUAACUAUAAGAAUCUUGGUUCGAGAGACAAGAUUAUCUUAAUUGUGGUAUAUUUAGUUUUUAGAAUACCAGGUAUUUGCAGUAGUCUCUACUUAAGUAAUUUUUUAAAAUUUAAAUCGUACAUGGUACAAACUAUUUGGAAUAUUUGAAAAUAAUUUAAAAUGUGAUAUAAUGUAGAUUAACUGUAAAAAAAAUAAAAAAAAAGGGAAUAUCUGAGAAAUAAAUGUUUGAAAAAUUUAAGUACUUUAAACUGCAUAUGAAUGCUAAAAAAAAUGUUGAUGAAUGUGCACUAUUAGUAAAUAAGAUAAUGAUUAAAUUAUGAAACUGUAAACUUCCAUUAGCCUGAGUAUUCACUAUAUAUAUGAUUGCAUAUCAUUUCACUCUGAGGAUUAGAUAUGCAUAAUAUUUUUAUCUUAAUACCAGUACUUAAGUUUUAUUUUAAUCCCCAAACAUCAAAUUUAAAAAAAAAAAAAAUAUUUCUGAAAUAAGCAAUGUAUUUAUGUAUUUGAAAGCAAUAUUCUAAGGGAAAUCAAAAUGUUUGAUGAUUUUAAAAUAUUUUUUUAUGUGAGCUGCUCACAUUUUUAAACGCUUUUGAAUAAUUAAACAGUCAAAAGUGUAAACAAAUUGCAAUACUUAAAUUUUAUUUUAUUUUCAUUAUUUUAACAUAUAAUUUUUAUCUCCUCAGACUUUAGUGAUGCAGCCCAACUGGUUGCAGAUUCUCCAAUAGAAGGAAAUAAAGUCGCACUAUUGGAGACAUUCAGAAAACCUGCCAUUGUUGUCAAUGAACUGAACAUUGAUAUGCUGUCUGAGGAUUUCUUGAAGUUGUACUUGGAGAAUACAUUUGCUGAUGGAGAGGAGGUUAUACAGGGUUGUCAGACAUGGCCAGACCAUCACCUUGCUGCAGUGAAUUUUUCCUCUGAGCAUCAGACUGGUAAGUAAAUCACUGAGAAUAAAUCUCUUAGUUCUUUGUCCUGUAAAACACUUUUAUAACCAAUCUUGACAUGGUCAUUAAUCAAUAGUGGAUUUUUAGUUACAUCUUUUUUCCUAAAUUAUACAUUAUAUGUGAAUGAAUCUUGUAUAAAAAUAAAUCAACAUUUAAAACCUAUAAAACCAUUUCUUUAAAGAUUAAACGCCAAUACCGACAUUUCAAGCAAAGUUAUUAUAUUUACUAUCAAUAAACUGCCAAAGAAGGGUGGUGGCAAUGCGCAAACUUCCGUCUAAUAAAGUUGCCUGACAAAACAUGCAUUCAAGUAAAAACCGAAUUAGUACCAACUUCUAGGAAUUUUAUUAUAUUUUAUUUUAUUUUGCACAGCUAUUAAAUACAGCAUAACAGCCAUAUAUACACAUACCUAGAGAAUUAUUAUAUGGUACUGGUACAUAUCUUUUUAUUUCAAAGUAAUAUUGUUGACCACUUUGUGUACAGGAUAUUAUUAUAGGGCUCAGCAUUAAUAAUUUUAAUCAAGAAAAUAUAUGAGUGGUCCGGCACCACUAUCACAGCUUGAGAGCUUGUUUUUUUUUAAUAAACUCAAAACUUGUAUUAAAAUUCUAUUAAUUUUUUAUCAAAUUUCAAUAUUAUUAUUUUUUUCUCUUCAGUUGUUGAUGAGAUUUUGAAUGAAACAGAUCACACACCUUUACCAUCAGAAGAUUACCACAUCAAAAUCAGCCAUUUUUACUGCAACUUCCAUGAGUUCAUUGGCCAGCAGAAAAAUGAUUGCAGCACAUCAGUGAAAAGCAUUGUGAAGGCCUUUGAGCAUUCCCCUUGUGAAAAUAAUCAUCCUAUCCCAAUUAAACCUGUUGAUACUGAAGGUGAUAGCACCACUGAAGAGGAUGAAGAAGAUCACAUUGAAGAGGAUGAGGAUGAUAAAUUAGAAGAUGAAGAUGAUGAUGAUCAAACUGGAGGUGAAGGUGAUAGCAAUGACAUUGAAAAUGAUGACGGAGAAGGUAACGGUUCUGGUUAUAAGAAUGAGCAAAGUCAGGUAAUUAAAAUUUGUUCGAGAGGUAGAGGAUUCAGAGGUGGUAGUUGGAUGACACAUGGCUUGAAGAAUGUUACAUCUACACCAGAAGAUAAAUUAGAAGAUGACGAUGAUGACUAUCAAACUGGAAGUGAAGGUGAUAGCAAUGACUUUGAGAAUGAUGAUGGAGAAGAUACCAAUUCUGGUUAUAAGAAUGAGCAAAAUCGGGUAACUAAAACUUGUUUUAGAGGACUCAGAGGUGGUAGUUGGAUGACACGUGGCAAGAAGAAUAAUGUCACAUCGAGGCCAGAAGAUAUGAUUCACAAAGUGAGGAAUGCUGAUAGUGAGCAUUUACCAUUAUUACCUGUAAGAGGCAGAGGCAAUUUUAGAGGUAAUAUGUGGCGAGAUGGAUCUCAAAUGGACAAUAAUAAUAUGAGAGGAAGAUCAUCACAUGACAUGGGAAGAUCUUUGUUUUCAAGACAGCGCGGUUCAGGUAACUCAAGAGGCAGGCAAUCAAGAAAAGAUGGAAUUUUGCAUAUUAAGAACAGAGGUAGCUCAAACAAUUGGUCAAAAGAAAGGAAAAAUUCAUUUGAUGGCAAUGAGUUUAGUGGAAUGGGAAUGCAUAGAACUGAAGAGAAAAGAAGAGUGAGCCUCUCACUUUCCAGGGAAAGACUGGAGGAUGAUUAUGAGCAGCCAUCUUUCUUUGUUGGGGGCACUAAGCCUGAUCCAAAGAGUGGAUCUCAACCUUAUCUAGGACCUAACCAAAGAAAUACACCAUCAUGCUCAAGAGGUGGUCGAGGUGGCAGUUCUUAUGUCUGGCAAAAUGCAGGGCAGUCAAAGCAAGGCAAAUUCUUAAACAAAUUUAAUCGACAAGAAGAAAGACUGAAUGGUGAUAAUAAUGAAAGGGCUUUUAAUGAAGCAAGUCAUUAUGACAUUUCAAAACCUUUUGUUUCAGACAAUGCGUCUAAAUUUGGCCAGAGCCAGGAAGCAUCAGAAGAGAAAAAUAAAGAACUACUAAAACAGUUGGAGGAAGAAAAAGCCAAACAACAAGACGCAAAGACUAUAAGAGGCACAUUAGAAAUAACACUACUGCAAGCUGUAUUUUUGAAACCUUCUUUCAAUGAUUUUAAAGAUUGUAUGAUUCAUUUUGAUUCCAAUGAAAAAGUAUUGGUUUUAUAUGGAACAGACAGUGCAAUAAGAGAUUGCCAAAUGAAGCUUAUGCUGGAGAUGAAAAAAAUAAAAGAAGAAACUAUUGCUAUAUCGUCUGAUAUGAAGUCUAUACUAUCAAGAGAAAAGGGUAAAAAAUAUAUCAAAGACCUAAAUUCAUCAGGUCUGGAUGGGGCAAAGGUGGAAUUGGAUGAUCGCUCACUGUUGUUAGCAGCUAAAGAAGAAAACGUCUUGUCAGAGGCUGUCAAAAUGCUGAAGUGUAAAGUAGAUUUCAUAGAAUCGGUAAAGUCUGAAGUUGCUAUACCUAAUGAUAGACUCACCAAUUUAAAGUAUGGCAUUGAACAUAGCCUGCUGGUACAAGUCACAUUUGAUGAUAGUGGGAAGAUAAUUAAACUUUUAGGCAUUGAAGAUGAUGUUCUGAUGGCAAGACGAGAUGUGGAGAAAUUAUUUGAAGAAUACGGAGUCUAUGAAAAGUCCUUCAAUGUGGGAGAGCCAGAGGCCAGAUUUUUGCAUUUAUGCUGUGAAGACAGAAUCAAAUCCGUUUUAAAAUCAGUUGAUGUGACUGAAUUAACUUUAACUGAAACUAAAGUUUCCAUUAGAUAUAAAGGUAGCAAGAGUGAAACACACCAAGUUCACAGAAACUUACUAGAUCUAAAAAACAAUGUAUUAUCAAAAAAUUGGAACUUAUUUGAUGACUUCAAGAAACAUGAAAUUUUCUUGAUAGCCAAGAGUUUAAAAAAUGGACAAAUGAAGGAAAAAUUGGAAACAUAUAAAUAUAGGGAGAAAAUUCUUGUUAUCCCCAAAUUUCCUGAUUUAAGUGCUCAACUUCGUUCAUCAUCAAUGAAUAAAAAAUCCCCAGAUAAGACAAAAAGGCCAAAAUCAAGUGCCAGAGAUUCCAGACCAGUUCCUCAGAUACAAUCACAGAGACCACCUUCAGCAAAUAAACUGGUCUAUGAUAUUUCAAAUACAUGUCAGUUAGUAAUCAAGCCAUAUGGAGAUAUCAUCAAAGAAAAAUCUGACAUUUUGGUUUCCAUCUUAGGACCAGAGAUGGACAUGAGAAAAACCAGAGUAGGUGGUACAUUUAAUAAAACCUGUCCGUCUCAUUGGAAGGAACUUCAAUUGGUAAAAGACAGUAAUCCUGGUGCCCCUGUGCUUACUGUAAAGAACCCUAAAGGCCUAAAUUGCCUGGCUGUUUGUCAUGUCAUUUUAGCUAUCUGGAAUCCAAGCUCUUCUCAGCAGCUGCUCAAUGUUGCCAUUCAAACUGUUUUAAAUGAAGCUAAAAAUCUUGGAGCUAAAACUAUUUCAUUUCCUGCUUUGGGAUGUGGCAGAGCAUUUCAGUUUCCUCCAUUGAAUGUAGCUCAGCAAGUUGUCACCAGUAUUCGUGCCAUGAAUGUUGGAAGCUUUUUAAAUAAAGUUACUCUUUUGGCGCCAGACAAUGAAUUGUUUAAAGAAUUUAAAUCAGAAGUUCCAAAACAUUUUAAUGCAGCAUUGCCUAAAUAUAAGGCAGCUCCAACACAACCUGCACCACCUGCUCAGCUUGUAGCCAGUGAUGAUUCUGAAGAUGAAAGUGAUGACAACGAAAGUUCAGAUGAUGCUUUUGAAGUGAGUAAUUUAAAUGACACAAAAAAUGCAAGUAAUCCUCAAUUGACUAUAAUAACUCUUCAUGGAAAUAAAACUUUUGAGGCUAUGAAAAAAAUAAUAUCACAGGAUAUAAGAGAACAGUGUCUACAUAGUGAUUACUUUAACCAAAAAAUCAUGAAGCAUUGGCCUAGAGAAUCGAGGCAAAAAAUUCUAAAAGAAGCAAUGAAGUUGUCAGUGUGGGCUGAACGAUCAAUUCACCCUAAAACCAAGCAUGUUGGUUUUCAGUUAAUAGGAGAAAAGCCAGCUCUUGCUCAGAUUAAAGCAUUUAUUCAUCAGGAAUUUCUUGAAGAAUCUAGCCAUUUACCAAAGAGAAGUUUAACUUCGGAUAAAGUACCUAAAAGAGGAACUGUUGAUUUCAUGAGGUAUGCUGCAGACAGUGAUGAGCUUUUCCCCUCAUACUGGAGUCUUAAUAAAUCUAAAAAGUUUUGGAGUAAUUUAAAAAAUAGGAUUUAUGGAAAGGAGAAAAAACUUUUAGUUGAAGUUGAUAAAGAAACAAAGGAUGCAGUUACAAAGCUUGUUACUCAAACAUUGGAUAUAGGUCUUGUUGGGCAGGGUAAUGAUGCAGCUGGAAUAAAUUAUUCCAGUCUUAAAGUUCUUGAUGUUAAAAGAGUUGAAAACGCUGAAAUGUUUGAACGGUAUCGAGUUCAAAGAAAAAGGCUAUUUGAUAAAAUGGUUAGGAAAGGAAAAAUCUGCCCAGAUAUUGGAAAACUUAAAGGCUCAAAAGGACGAGUGUGUACAACAGAGCUACUAAGUGAUUCAAUGAAAAAAGAACUUUACUAUGAAGUGAACGAGCAUUAUUUGUUCCAUGGUACAAAAUCUGAUACAAUAGAAGCCCUUAUUCACAAUGGCCUUGACCCAAGACUUUCUAAUGAAGCUACUAUGUUUGGAAAAGGAAUUUAUGCAGCUGAGAGAGCUACUAAGUCGGAUCAAUACACUGGUAAUAUUUUUUUCUAUUAAGAACUUAAAAAUUUUAUUUUUUAUAAAAUCUAUAAAAUUGGCAUUAACCACCCCACCUGAGGAACUCCCAAUUUUUAAGAACAAUUUUAAUUAUUUUUUUCCUAAACUGGACUUUUAAUCAAAAUUUUAUUAAUAACAAUCCCUGUUGAUUUGAUGGAUUGUUAAGUAGUUCAUAGCUCAAAAUUAUUACUCUAAAUGUAUUAGAGUUUCCAUGUGUAUUAACUUGAUAUGUUUUUAUUAAUUGAUCUACUCAAUAGAACUUGGAAUAGUAAUUUUAAUAUUUAAAAAUGUAACGUCAUGUGAUACAUUGUUUAGCUUCAGUAUUCAUCCAUUUUCUGACCUUUCCUUAGUGAAUAAUAAUUCACUUUAAUACGGUACCAUAUUUUUUAACUAUUUGGGAAUCAAAUAAAUUCAAUCAAUAUGCAUUUCAGGCUGUAUAUUAUGUUCCACUCAAAAAAGAUUAAUAAACUAUAAUAUAUUAUAUUAAUAUUAUUCUUUCACUUGUAGACUCGAAACAACAAAGAACACCCAAUGGUACAAAGCUGACUCUUAUAUUGACAAGGAUGCUUCUCGGAAAUGUGUUUCUUUGUGAUGACAAACAUAAAUCUGUACAAAGCAAAGGUAAAAGCAGUGAAUAGAGUAAUAUAAGAGUAGUGUAGACUUCAUAAUUACCUUUGUAUUUUAUUCAAGGAAAGACUAAAAUUGGAUUAUUGUUUUAAAAACAUUUCAACUUUUUGUAGAUUGUGCAAAUUAAUAGUAAUAGAAAUAAAAAAUGUAGGUCUAUUUAUUUAGGAAAAUGUUUCAUUGUUUGGAAAUUAAAUCCAAAUCAUCGCUCCCAAGACUUAAUAUGAAAUAAUAAAAACAUUACUGGCCCAUUUAUUUUUAAUGAAUGCACUUACAAAUAAACAAAUUUUACAGAUAUUAUUUUGCAAUGCUGGUUUAGAUACUGUAUUGUUAUUUUUAAAAUCUUAUCCACUUUAGGAAAUAAGCAGAUAGAGCCAAGGUUUGAUUGGAGUCUCCCAUUAUUACAAAUUAAAUAUUUAUGAUUUAAAAAUCCAAAUUGUUUUAAAAUAUUUUUAUUCUCAUUUCACAGGAAGCAAGAAAUUAACUCGCCCUCCUUGUAUGUUGUGUUCAGAAGAUGUAUGCAAAUGUAGAGACUUAACUUUGUUUGAUUCUAUAAUGGGAGAUGGAAAGUGGCUCUUUAGAGAGUUUGUUGUCUAUGAGAGUUCUCAAUGCUAUCCUGAAUUUGUGAUAACUUAUACCAGAGUCUGAUGAAGGCUACUUGUGCUACAGAAAGUCUUAUCUGUCUCAAGCUUAUUAAUUUACUUUUCUUUAAUAUUUUUAAUGAUUCAUAUUCUAAUUUGUCAGUGUCCUUAAUGAUAAUGAGACAAUAUGAACAUGCUUAUUACAGAUUAAAUGGUUAUUAUUGGACUUAUCAACUAAAAUAUCAGUGGCUUUUAUUUUUUAUCAUGCAAGCUGUUAACUUACUAUUUUAAAAUAAAUGCAACUUAAAUUGUAUAAUUAUUAUUCAUGGAGACUUUUGUUUGUUAAUUUUUAGAAAUUAUAGUGGUAGCUUUUGAAAACAAACAUGAAAUGUAAUUUAAAAUGCAAAUAUUUUUUGCAAUUCAUUUUUAGAAGGCAAUAUAUUUGAGGAGAAAAGAAUGUGUUGUCAACAUGACUACAUGUAAUAAAAUAAAAUGAGUAAAACAGAGUAGGGUUAAACCUGAAAAAAUAAACGCCACAAAACAGCGAAAGUGUCGGCAGAAAGCCUUCGUCAGCGAGCAAAACAACAGAAAAAACGGUAUAAAAUAAGAAAUAGCACUUAGCUGGUAAGUAGUAUCUUAGGGCAGCAAAAGAAGUGUGGGUUCUAUUGCUGCCCACAAUAGAGCUGACGUGUUGUAUGACCUCUUAGCUCAUAUAGAGCUGAUGUGUUGUAUGACCUCCUAGCCCCUGCAGAGCUGCUGUGUUCUAUGAACUCCUAGCCACUGAACAGCUGAUGUGUUGUAUGACCUCCUAGCCACUGAACAGCCGAUGUGUUGUAUGACUUCCUUGCAAUUGAACAGCCGAUGUGUUGUAUGACAUCCUUGCCCUUGCAGAGCUGAUGUGUUGUAUUAAGACCUCUUAGCCCAUGUAGACCUGAUAGGCUGUAUGACCUCCUAGCCACUGCAGAGCUGAUGUGUUAUAUGACUCCUGGCCCAUGCAGAGCUCAUGUGUUGUAUGACCUCCUAAUCCGUGCAGAACUGAUGUGUGGUAUUAAGACCUCUUAGCCCAUGUAGAGCUGAUGUGUUGUAUGACCUCCUAGCCCUUCAGAGCUGAUGUGUUGUAUUAAGACCUCUUAGCUCAUGUAAAGCUGAUGUGUUGUAUGACCUCCUAGCCUCUGCAGAGCUGAUGUGUUGUAUGACCUCCUAGCCUCUGCAGAGCUGAUGUGUUGUAUGACCUCCUAGCCUCUGCAGAGCUGAUGUGUUGUAUGACCUCCUAGCCCCUUCAGAGCUGAUGUGUUGUAUGACCUCAUAGCCUCUGCAGAGCUGAUGUGUUGUAUGACCUCCUAGCCCCUUCAGAGCUGAUGUGUUGUAUUAAGACCUCUUAGCCCAUGUAGAGCUGAUAUGCUGUAUGACCUCCUAGCCCUUGCAGAGAUGCUGUGUUCUAUGACAUCCUAGCCACUGAACAGCUGCUGUGUUGUUUCAUUCAAAUAACAAUAAGCGGUGAAAAGUUUCAGGUUUAUUUAUUUCCUGGCUUCGUUUGGAUGACAGUCGAAAAUACAUAAGAAAUAAUCGCUGCUGUGGAGGAUAAAAUAGACGGUCCAAAUAUCCUAAACAUUCAAUUACAAAAAUACAGGAACAGAACUCUGAGAGAUAAUAUAAUAAUUCCAUUAAAAAAAAAUAUAGAUUCACUCCUAUCUCAAAAUAUAACAUCUUUCUAGGGGGGGGGGGGGGNNNNGGGGGGGGGGCAAAAUAUUUUUAGUAAUGUUUUAAUGUAGUUUGAAUUUACUGUAGCGUAUUUGUAUGGUGAGCGAACGGACAGGACAUCAGCUUAGUAACUUUCUCUUUAUUUUCUCUUUACUUUAAUACAUUUUUUGUAUAUUUUUGUCUAAAUUUUUUAUCCAAUCAAUCCAGGGGGGGGGGGCAAGUGCCCCCCUCCUGCAGGCGCCCAUGUAUAACAUGGACUGUCACUCACAAAAAAUGUACAACAUGUCUUUUUUUCAACACUCAGCCGCGGUCAUGCGUGACUAGGUUAAAUUCGUGAGUAAAGGGGGAAUAGACAAAGGAGGAAAAACUGUAUUCACUCACAUAGAUUUAUGAACAUCACGUUGUGGUCAUAGUCGUAGUCAAAGAAAGACCUAGGGAUAGACAUUCAUUCAAGUGUUAGAAUUAUUAAAAAAUCCAUAAUUGGAUUUUUUGCACUAUUUUCAUAUUCAAUAAUACAUAUUUUCUUUAUAAUUAUUAUUGUUGCUGAGGAAUUUUUUGUUGUUGAUGAUUUGUUAGUGUCCUGUUUAUUCUUCCUUUUUAUCGCCAACGCCUGGACUAGUGAACCGAUUGUAGGAAAAAGUCAAGGAAAAAAAAAAGUCAAAGAAAAAUAACAAAAUAUGUUUUACAUAAGCUCUUGCGUGCCAGUGUUAAUGAACUUAUAUUGUUACAAUGGAAUGUGGUCGGACCGAAAUUUCAUACAAAUUCAUUUGUUCUCCAAUAUUGUCAUAAUUUAUAUAUGAUAUCUUAUGGCCGAUUUUUUGCGCUUGCUAAAAAUAGGAAGAAAAAGUUGUAAUUGUUUUUAAUUUUUGGAGCACAACCGUGUCGCCUCGGAAAACCAUUUCAAUAAAUGUGAGUUUUGUAAAAGUAAACAGUAAACACAUAUUUUUGCCAUGGAAAUUAUUGACAGUAAUAAGCGUGUUUCAACAUUGUGCUUCAAUGGAUUUGUGUAUACCAAGCAUGCAGCUAACAAAUCCAAAAUAUAGUGGAAAUGUGUGCAAUGAUUAAAUGGUCAUUGUCGGGGCAGUUUGACGAUAAACCUUGAGGAAGAAAAUCCAGAGGUAGGCAAACCCCACAUCCAUGAUUCAAAUGAGACUCACGUUCAUCUCGCCAUAGGGCGCAAUGUAAUGAAUGACCGUGCAGCAAACACACCAGAAAAACCAGCUCAGAUCCAUGUAAAGAAAUGCCUUGCAGCAAACACUCAAAACCAGCUCAGAUUCAUACAGAUCCUGCACUUAUACCGUCUGCUGACACCUGAAAACGUACUCUACGCAAACCACAUGUACCACGUCUAAGUCAUGAUCUUGGUGAACUGCCCAUCGAGUUCACUCAGGCAUUAGAACCAAAUCCUGAACAGUUUCUUCUAUAUGAUAACGGGCCAAACUGCAACAAGAGAAUUUUAGUUUUUGGUGCCGGUCAAAUCGUGAAAAUGUUUUCAGAUUCCAAAACAGUGUUCAUGGAUGGCAGCUUUGCUGUGGCUCCAAAUAUUUUCGAACAACAUUACGUCAUCUGUGCAAACUUUGAGGAGAUAAGUGUUACUUCUAUGUAUGCUCUUCUUCCAAACAAGACCAAUGCAACCUAUGACGAAUUGUUUCAAUCAAUAAUUGACAAAUGUGUUAGCUUGAACUAUCAUCGAGAAGACUUUCGUGGCUUACUUUGAAAAAAUCCCCUUACGUGCAAUUCUAUCUGAGUUUGGUCUCGACAUCAUUAGCAUAGGGUUAUUUUUUAUCAUCCUACGCAAUCCGCCUGGCGUAAAAUCUACGAGUUGGACCUUACAGAAAAUUGUAAAGACAAUGCGGAAUUUUGCUUAUCUUGUGGUAUGAUUGACGCAUUUGCCUUUUUUCCCUUUGAAAAAGUUGAUGAAGGUAUGCGGUUCCUUAGACCUGUCAUUCUAACUAAUUCACCGAAGAAUCCCAGGAACUACUAUUGUUUUUCGAUCGCACGUCCUAAGUGGCUCCUUUGUUCUUCUUCUAUAGGCCUACUAGAAAAUUUCACCCAAUGUUAUCGAGAUAAUAAUGGCAGACCUUUUACGAUAAUUUCUAUCUGCUAUUUCAAAAACGUAGAUCUAUCACAAUUCCUUAUUUUUAAAAAUAAGCAUAUAAGUAGUGAUGUUUAUGUUUCUAACAUCAUUAAAAGUCUUCCGAAGAUUUUUUUCUGCUACGUAUACGCCUACCCAAACUUUUUUCGAGCCACUUAACUACAAUUUUUUUUGCUCUUAACAUGUACUUAAAUUACCAAAUCUAAAUGAUCACUAAUUAAAUCACUAUUGUCACCAAAGGCUGAUCUCUAUGCUAGAGAAAUACUUUAGAUGUCAUAUGUUUUCUAAUUGUUAAAUGUUGGGCCUACCUUACCACUUUUUGUGCCCCUAAACAGAUAAUCAUUUUAUCUGAAUUAUCUAAAGAAGGAUAUCUUAAUCGUUUUUUUUUUUUCAUGUCUGUAACAGCGUUGAGUGUCUUUUUUGCAGAAAUGUUAUUAAUCUCAUAACAAUAUAUACCCAAUAGGCCUACUUUUCGCAAAUAAAAAAAAAAGAAAGAAAAUCUUAACUAUCUCUAUUUUUCAAACUGAAUUUUUCAUGUGUGUAAAAUUAUUGGGCUUCGAUAUUCAUGGGCACACUUAUGUAAAUGUACCUACGUUUUGUUAGCGUCAUUGAUUUUCUUAAUUGUUAAAAAUAUGUUAAUUUGUAAAAUAAAAAAAAAAAAAAAAAAAAAAAAAAAAAAGAAUGUAACAUUACAUUUUCACAACUGUAAUAUCAUUGGAUUUAAAGAUAUUGUCAACCACGUAAACCUGUACACAACCUAUGUCCUACCCCAAAAUAUAUGUAGGCUACAAAAGAAGGUUAAUUAUUUAUCAAAAUCAUUCCUUUAUUCUGAGGCGUAUCUUGUGCUGCCUGUGGCAACAUGAAAGUAACGGCCCCUCCCUUUCUCCUGAGUUUAAUGGAAAUUAAUUACCCUCCCCCCCUCCCCCACGGGAUUGUAGCCCCUACGUACGCAAACACUCAUUUUUUGCACUUCAUAUGGUUUGUUCUUAUUUGGAUAAGUGAUAAGCGCAUUAGUGAAUGCUAUUUUGCCAUAGAGUUUCGCUUCACUGAUUGACUUAUAGGGCAUUUUUUAAAUUAAAAGUAUUUUUAAACGUUAAGUUUUCAUUGGAUAACGAUUGUUUAUAUUGGAAUUGUGUAACCCAUGCAUGGUCAAGGGCAGGGUCGGCGCUAGACAUCUUUAGGCUGUUUAAAAAUAGGCAAUAUUAGCCUUCUGGAAAAUUAUGGGAAGAGUUCAGAAUAUAUUUAAAAAACAAAACAAAUUUUGCCGCCUUCGGUGGUUUGGGUGCCUUGGCGCCUGUGUGAUGAUCACGCAUCGCACCAGCUUUGAGGUCAAAGGAAACUAAAUUUUCAAUAGCACCCUUUCUGUCGCUAUCACGGUAACGUGAAGAGUGAUACAAACUAACCUAAUGUAUGCGCUAAAAUGCAUCCCAUCAUUUUGAACGUGUCAACGUUUUCUAGUUAGGGGCGUAUUACCACCCCUCUGCCAGACAUUAUCACCAGUUUCGUUCGGCGCCCUCUAUCUUUUAUUCCACUCCUAUUAAAGUCACAGUACCGGUACAUUUUAAUCUAAAAGAGCGUUGGCUGUAAGUAAUUACAAUGAUUAUUUUUAAACGGACAAAAUUAUUAUUUUCCUUUAGUUUGGUAUACGUAGUUGUACUAUAUUAUAGAUACACGGAAAGAAACUAAGUUGGGGCUAAAAGCAAACCUCAGGGAGAUCCAUUUCCAGAAUGAAUUUACUGUGUAUGUAUGGUGGGGCAACAAAGUCAGAGAUGGCCAUGGGCUACCCCGCGGAUAAAAUUGCAUGCAAGAAACUGUUCAAAACGCGUGGGCCAACCAGGGCCAUAAUGUCAUGUCAUAAUGUUUUUCAUAACAUUACUUGCAUUGUAGGCUAUAGACAAAGCCGUGCCGAGGAAAAGUGGCACCCUGGGAGGACUAGGAAAACGCUUUUGGCGCCCCUGUCAUUGUGAAGAGCGUUUGAUUUUAGGGUUUAAUUCACCUGAUGGUGGCGCCAGGGGGUGAUUGGCUCUUUCGCAACCCCCCUGAGUAGGUCUAUAUGGAUAGAGGGAUAGGGGGCCCUCAGUGCAUCACUUUGCCCAGACCCACGCUGCUGUAAAGACGGCCCUAGGGUGGGGAGGGCUGAGGUUACACCGUCAGUUAAUAACAUACCCUUUUACGCAGCUGGGCUUAGAGGAUGUUUUAGGUGUCUUUUUUUUUGUCCUUCCUACAUUUACCAUAUGAAUAUUGCUUUUGGUCUGAGUCUGGGGAAAAGGGAAAAAAUCUGGUCAUACAUUCAAACCAUAAACUUUUAUGGAUGGAGUAAUUUGUAAAACUUUUUUUAAAUUAAAAGUCCCUUGCAAACCAACGAAAAGACAAGAAAAGCUAAUAAAGGAAUCAAAUACAUACUUGUUAUAUUAGCCAUUAAAGUGGUUUAAUUUAGUUCCAUCAGGUAAAUAGGCAGAGGAAGUUUUUCAUUUAAUGCGCUUAGCCUAAUUAUUCUAUAACUAUUAGUAUAUUAGGCUAAUAAGGCUAAUAGUAAUAGUAAUACUAAUACUAAGGAAUGACUAAUACUAAUACUAAUACAAUAAAAUUAAAGACAGAGUUAAAGUAUUGUAGUGUAGCAUUGUAGUCUUGACUUAUGCUUUUGCUUUCUAAAAAAGGUUUGCAGGGUCCACACAACGACUCUACAUACACCAUAACUAUCAUAGUCAUAGUCAUAGCCAUAUAAAACCUCGAUCCAUUCCUGACAAUAGUGACUUUAUGAGUGAUUGUUUGAUUUUGUAAUAGUAAUAGGCGGAAGAACACACUGGUAAAUUCAAACAGAUUGAUCAUUGGGCUUGGGGAACAAAAAAACUCGUGACUUGUACUUGUAUAUCUUACAGUAUGAGCGUAACAGUCCUUACAUUUACUAAGUUUUGUACUUACUUACUUUGAGAAUUUGCUCUGAUUGAGGGGCUCUUAAGUUAAGUAUGACUAGGCCUGUCUUGAAUAAUAAUAAAGUGAAGGCUAUGAUCAAAUGGUAUCCUCCCAAAUUUUACUUAGAAACUUGGUUUCGUUUAACCAAUUUCAACCAGUCCACUGAUAAAUUAUUUACUUUUUAUUCCUUUUCAUAAAACUUAAAUUUUGGUGGGAGCCGAAAAGUAAAAGGCACUACUCCUGGCGGGGAUUAUUAAAGUUAAAGAGACAAUUAUAAAGACAAAGAGUUCAAAGACAUUAAAAUCUCACAAAAAUAAUUUAUUUACGCUCGAUGACAGUCUAUUUUUUAUCCUCAUAUAAUUAUAAUCAUAUCAUUUCUCUUUAUCAUUGCUAUAGAGUAGAGGCCCUAAUUAUUUUUGGUUCUUCCAAAGCUACAGUUUUCAUUUUAUUUUGUUAGCUACAAAACAAAAAAACCCAACAUUUUAUUGAUAAAAUUGAAGUCUAAUUCACUAAGUUAACCUUCGUUCUUCUCUAAGUAGGCCUAGUGAAUGUCAAGCUAGUUUUUCCUCUAGGGAAGCGUUAUACGCAGUCGGCUGCGUAUAACCCUGAGGGUUAUUCACAGCCGACUGCGUAUAACUCUCAGGGUUAUACGCAGUCGGCUGUGAAUUUAGCCAAAUAAGGUUUAUUACCGCUAGUUUGGCAAUUAAAAAAAAAGUAUUAUGCGUAAUGAGCUGCAUGAUGGGUUGUUUUGUACUAGAACUUUUCAUGUGUUUAACAUAAAAUUUUAAUUGAAUUAAUUUUAAUUAAUAUUGAAAUUGAUGAUAGCAAUAGUGUUAGUAUUAGUGCUAUAAUUAGUAUUAUUGCUUGUAUCUUAUAUAUUAUAAUUAUAAGUCAAAUUCUACAUUUCUUAGAGUCUAAGCCUAAGUCAUAGAUUUUUUUAAAGGCAUUUCCAUGGUCUAAGUCUAGUCAUGUAUUUUGAUUGAUUAGGUUUUUAAAUGUUGCUAUGACCAUGUGGUUAGUUUUACUGACUAAUUCAGGAAAUACAUUCUAUUUAUCUUUUUUUUAAUUUCAUCAUUUAUGAUUUUUUUUUUUUUUUGAUGACCUAAAUGUAACAGUUUUCAGCUUCCAUGCAAAACUAUAACUGUGUGAAAGUAUUACUUACACUGCCCCCUCUACAGAACCCCUGCCCCUACAGCCUACAGCGAUUUUUUUCUGCUACUCUCAACCCAUGAUUAUUUUUAUUACUGUACCAGUGAAACAUGAUUUUAUCUGCCACAAAAUUAGUUAACAACACAAAAAUAUAUUUGAUAAUUAUAAGUAUAACAGUAUUAACAUUACAUUGGUCAAGUUAAUAAUUCUUCUCAUGUUUUAACAUUUUUUAGCCAAAAAAAAAGUAAAACAAUAAGCCUAGUUGUUGCUUCAUUCUCGAGAAAAAGCAUAGAAACUAACGCGUAUUCAUGGCUUGCCGUUGGCUGGAAUUGAACUCAAGACCACCAGCUUGAGGUUUGGUCAGUUUAGACCAUUUCGACCACACAGUCACCCCAAUAUCAAUGCACCCUUAUUGAUUGAUACUGUAACACAGGAAGAAUAUAGACGUCACGUGACUUGCCGACUGCGUAUAACUCUCAGGGUUAUACGCAGUCGGCUGCGCAUAACCACUUUGUUUCCUCUAACUGAUAUGUCAGCUAUUGUCUAGAAUUCAAAUGUUCCAUCCAGAAUUUAAUUAAAUGCAUCAUCCCCAUUAAAUACAAAGUACUAAAAAUAUUGAAAUAACAGAAAAUGAAAAUAGUUAUUACAUUUUUAAAAAUUAGAACAUGUGAUUUGUAGUCGUAGUAUAAAAAAAUAGUAUCAUUGGUUAAUUAGAAAAAAAGGCACAAUGCAUUUGAAGUAGAAAAAUAGUAGGCCUAUAUUAUUUUAGCAUGCACAAUUUCUCAAACUUUAGCUACCAACCCUUAGUCUGCUAAUAUGCUUUGUGUUUAUUUUUUAUGGCAUAUACUAUUAAUAAGACUCUAUAAUAUAUUUAAACAAUGAUACAAGACACUCAUAUAAAUCUUCAUUUAAUGAAUCAUUUUAUUUGGGUCUAUUUUAUGUUAGUAAGAUUAAAAAGUUCCAUCUAUUCAUUUUACUGAAUGAGUCCAGCUGCUGUUGAUCACAUUUACUCCUGAUUUUUAUAGUAGAUUUUGGUUAAUAUGUAAGUUAAUGUAACUGAUUUUAUUUAAAAACUACAUUCUAAUGUUUAUUUAGGAAUCCGUAAAUUAGACUUUUGUUAUUUUUAACAAGAAUCUAUGUAUAGAUAUUUGCGUUACUUGGGUCAUUGGGUUUUGAGAAUAUUUUCUUCUAUAUAUAUAUUAUUAUAAUAUAGACCAAUUAAACCAUUUUUCCCCUUGAACUGCAAAGAAAACAUAUUUUCUAAAAAAUUGUAAAAACAUGUCCUUAACUUUAAAAAAAUAAUUGUACCAUCUUAAAAAUCUGCAGCAUGAGUGGUUUUUGAUAAUUUGUUAUCUUCAUUAAAAUUUAUACAACCCCUGCCUGGCUCCUGAAUUAUAUUAUUGGCUAUUGGAUAAUUAUUAAAAGCAGUUAAGUGAGAUUUAAUUUUCUAUGUGGCAUUAUAAUUACUAUUCACUUGUAAAUGACAUCUUCUGUUAGAAUGCAUCUACCACAACAGAAAGUCAAACAUAGUUGUCAAUUUCAGGUCUUAUAAUAAUGAUAAAAAUAGUGUGACAUCACAUCUGACAUUUUAAACAACACCCUCCCCACUUUUUCACAAACUAUCAAACAUACUUAGACCCCCCCUUUCCCGCUUCGGAGCAUGACCUACUUUAUGGAGGGCCCAUAAAGUUUUUUCCAUUUGCUCAUUUGUUUCCUUUUUAUUGUGGGAAAAGUUUCAAUAGCAAGCUUUUUGCACCAGCAAAUAAUAUUUUUAUAUUAUGUUUCGGCAAAUUUCAACAAUUUCUUUUUUAUUGCCCUGUUCAGUUUCAAGCACAAAUAUUUAUAUUUAAUUUACAAAAUAACAACUAAUAUAGUAGGAGAUGUUAAUUGUACAAAAAAUUACAUUUUCGAUAUCCAUUUUGAGUUACAAGUAAAUACUUCUCAAAUGUUUUGGGUCCUGAGACCUUCUAUUGUGUUUGACAUAACAUAUGGACAACUUCUUAAACACAUUAAAAGUACGACAUAACUGCAUUAUCAUUUCCCUGUGAAUCUUUGUGUAGUAUUUAUUUUUAUCAUGAUCAGGAAAUCUUUUAAUAAUUAUAUUUUAAAAAUUGCAGCAGAAUUUUCAGGACGUGGCAACAAAGAUUCUGCUAUCAUCCUUCAAUGUUUAUAAAAGCAAGAUGAAGCUAUUCCUCAUGUUCCAAUUCUCUACGUGUAUUAAUAACAUUUACAAUAAUAUUGGAUAAAUAUUGCUAAAUGAAGUUGUUGAAAAAGAAGGCUUUUGAUGGCAUCAUUUUGGAGACAAAGGCUUUCAGACGAAGAUGAGUUAGAUGAUGAUGUUGAAGGCACUUUACACACUCAAAAUAUUGUGAGUUUCGAAACAGCAAAAGAACAAAAUGGACAACAUAUAUCUGAACGGGUGAUGUGCCAUAAAAGGGUUUCUGGAGAAGGAGUGAGGGCCACUGGGCGAUUUGAUUUGGAGAAAAAACUAUUUCAGCUGGAAGAAGAGCUGGAACAUUUGAAAGAAGAAAAUAAAAUAUUGAAAAUUGAAUUAAAUCGAUUUCGAAUGUGUAAAACUAAUAUACAGCCUCUGAGAGAAGCUGAUCAAUCUUACCCUGGUCAUUCGCUCGGUCAUCUGAUUGAUUCCGAAAAAAAUCAUGCUUAUUUUCAACAAAAGGUAGAAGAGAGAUUUAUGGAAUUGGAGAGACGAAUAGACAAGCUUGAGAAAACAGAAUCAAAACAUCAACCUCAGUUAGGAAAAAAAAAGGAUGAAAUACUUAUGAAAUCUGACAAAGCAGGAGGGUUUAUUGAACAAAAAAGAAUUACAUAUCAUGAUAAUUUUUUUGAUGGAAUAGGCUCUUUUCAUGGCAAUCAAAAUCAAUCAAGAAAAGAGAGACACCAAAAUUGCAAAGCAUCCGAAAUUAAAGAUACAGAUCAUUAUAAUGCAAAGCCUGUUUUGUCUAGCAAUCAGGGCAGUAUUGACAAUAUUCAAGGUAGCGUAAAUAAGAAUGAUAAAAAACAAUUUUUUAAAUAUGAAGGAUCUUUUAAAUGCGAUUGCCCAGUAGCCUCUUUCUUUCAUUUUUGCCUAAAGGACACAAUAGAAGAAUUGCUCAAAUCAGUUGAAGUGACUGAUUUUUUAUCAAAUGAAACUAAAGUCUUGAUACGAUUUCAUGGUAGUAAAUACGCAACGCACAGAGUUCUUAGAAACUUACAAGAUUUAAAAUAUGAUGUGAUUUCCGAGACUUGGAAUUUAUUGGAUGAUUUCAACAGACAUGAAAUUUUAUUGAUUAAAAACAGUUUUAAAAGUGGGCAAAUGAAAGAGAAAAUAGAUAGUUACAAAUACAAGGACAAGUGUCUGGUUAUUGCAGAGUUCCCCAAGUUUGUUUUUGCCUCAGAGUUUAAUAAAAAAUUUAAUCAGACUUUUCAACUUGCUCAAAUCAAUAUUGAUUCAGUACAAGCGAAGUUAAUGAAAACGCAAAGCCCGUGGUCUUUACCCGCAGACAAAUUGGGUUUUGCUGGUUUGAGUACACACCAUGUAAUAAAGGGUGACUCUGAAAGUGAAAGUGAUGACAGUGAUGAGUUGCUGGAUUCAAAAAAUCUGGUUGAUGUGAAAGCUACAAACAAUGCUGUAAUCAGUGUCACAACCCUAAAUGGAGUUAAUAGUCUAGAAUCUGCUAAGAAUAAGAUAGUCAAAGAGAUACGUGAAACUUGUCUUCAUGUUGAUUUUUUUAACCAACAUGCCAUGAAUCACUGGCCUGGAGAAUCUAGGAAAAAAAUUCUUAAAGAAGCAAUGAGGUUAUCAGUCUGGGCUGAACGAUCCUUUAACCCCAAAACCAAACAUGUGGGAUUCAAGUUGACAGGAGAAAAGCCUGCUGUUACUCAGAUUAAAGCAUUUAUUAAACAAGAAUUUCUUCAAGAAUCAAAAUCUUUUGUUUCAGGAAAUCACUCUAAACUUUGCCAGAGCCAAGAGGCAUCAGAAGAUAAAAAUAAAGAACAACUAAUAAAACAGUUGGAGAUAGAAAAUGCCAAACUGCAAGAUGCAAAGACUACAAGAAGCACAUUAGAAAUAUCACUACUGCAAGCUGUAUUUUUGAAACCUUCUUUCAGUGAUUUUAAAGAUUGUAUGAUUCAUUUUGAUCCCAAUGAAAAACUAUUAGUUUUGUAUGGAACAGACAGUGCAAUAAGAGAUUGCCAAAUGAAGCUUAUGCUGGAGAUGAAAAAAAUAAAAGAAGAAACUAUUGCUAUAUCGUCUAAUAUGAAGUCUAUACUAUCAAGAGAAAAGGGGAAAAGAUAUCUUGAAGACCUAAAUUCAUCAGGUCUGAAUGGGGCAAAGGUGGAAUUAGAUGAUAACUCACUGUUGUUAGCCGCUAAAGAAGAAAACAUCUUGUCAGAGGCUGUAAAAAUACUGAGGUGUAAAGUCGAUUUCAUAGAAUUGGUGAAGUCUGAAGUUGUCAUACCUCAUGAUAGACUCACCACUUUAAAGUACAGCAUUGAACAUAGCUUGCUUGUACAAGUCACAUUUGAUGAUAGUGGGAAGAUAAUUAAACUGUUAGGCAUUGAAGAUGAUGUUCUGAUGGCAAGACGAGAUGUGGAGAAAUUAUUUGAAGAAUACGGAGUCUAUGAAAAGUCCUUCAAUGUGGGAGAGCCAGAGGCCAGAUUUUUGCAUCUAUGUUGUGAAGACAGAAUCAAUUCUGUUUUAAAAUCAGUUGAUGUGACUGAAUUAACUUUAACUGAAACUAAAAUUUCCAUUAGAUAUAAAGGUAGUAGGAGUGAAACCCACCAAGUUUACCAUGACUUACUAGAUCUAAAAAGCAAUGUAUUAUCAAAAACUUGGAACUUAUUUGAUGAUUUCAAGAAACAUGAACUUUUCUUGAUAGCCAAUAGUUUAAAAAAUGGUCAAAUGAAGGAAAAAUUGGAAACAUACAAAUAUAGAGAGAAAAUUCUUGUUAUCUCAAAAUUUCCAGAUUUGACUACUCAACUUCUUUCAGCAUCAAAGAACAAAAAGUUGGCAGAUAAGACUAAGAGGCCUAAAUCCAGGGCAAGAGAUCCCAGACCAUUUCCUUGGGUACAAUCACCAAGCCCUUCAUCAGCAAAUAAACUGGUCUAUGAUAUUUCAAAUACAUGUCAGUUAGUAAUCAAGCCCUAUGGAGACAUCAUCAAAGAAAAAUCUGAUAUUUUGGUUUCUAUCUUAGGACCAGAGAUGGACAUGAGAAAAACCAGAGUAGGUGGUACAUUUAAUAAAACCUGUCCCUCUCAUUGGAAGGAACUUCAAUUGGUAAAAGACAGUAAUCCUGGUGCCCCUGUGCUUACUGUAAAGAAUCCUAAAGGUCUUAAUUGCCUGGCUGUAUGUCAUGUCAUUUUAGCUAUCUGGAAUCCAAGCUCUUCUCAGCAGCAGCUCAAUGUUGCCAUUCAAACUGUUUUAAAUGAAGCUAAAAAUCUUGGAGCUAAAACUAUUUCAUUUCCUGCUUUGGGAUGUGGCAGAGCAUUUCAGUUUCCUCCAUUGAAUGUAGCUCAGCAAGUUCUUACCAGUAUUCGUUCGAUGAAUGCUGGAAGCUUUUUAAAUAAAGUUACUCUUUUGGCGCCAGACAAUGAAUUGUUUAAAGAAUUCAAAUCUGAAGCACCCAAUCAUUUUAAUGCAAAGUUGCCCAAAAAUAAGGCAGCUCCACCACAACCUGCACCACCUGCUCAGCUUUUGGGCAGUGAUGAUUCUGAGGAUGAAAGUGAUGACAGUGAAAGUUCAAGCGAUACUUUUGAAGUGAGUAACUUGAAUGAUACGAAAAAUGCAAGUGAUCCCCAUUUUACUAUAAUAAUUCUUCAUGGAAAUAAAACUUUUGAGUCAGUAAAAAAAAUAAUAACACAUGAUAUUAGAGAGCAGUGUCUACAUGUUGAUUACUUUAACCAAAAUGUCAUGAAGCAUUGGUCUAGAGAAUCGAGGCAAAAAAUUCUAAAAGAAGCAAUGAAGUUAUCAGUGUGGGCUGAACGAUCAAUUCACCCUAAAACCAAACAUGUGGGAUUUCAUUUAAUAGGAGAAAAGCCAGCUCUUGCUCAGAUCAAAGCAUUUAUUCAUCAGGAAUUUCUUGAAGAAUCCGGCCAUUUACCAAAGAGAAGUUUAACUUCAGAUAAUGUACCUAGAAGAGGAACUGUUGAGUUCAUGAGGUAUGCUGCUGACAGUGAUGAGCUUUUCCCCUCGUACUGGACUCUAAAUAAGUCUAAAAAGUUUUGGAGCAAUUUAAAAAAUAGGAUUUAUGGAAAGGAGAAAAAACUUUUAGUUGAAGUUGAUAAAGAAACAAAGGAUGCAGUUACAAAGCUUGUUACUCAAACAUUGGAUAUAGGUCUUGUUGGGCAGGGUAAUGAUGCAUUAGGAAUACAUUAUUCCAAUCUUAAAGUUCUUGAUGUUAAAAGAGUUGAAAACGCUGAAAUAUUUGAAAUUUAUCGAGUUCAAAGAAAAAGGCUAUUUGAUAAAAUGGUUAGGAAAGGAAAAAUCUGCCAAGAUAUUGGAAAACUUAGAGGCUCAAAAGGACGAGUGUGUACAACAGAGCUACUAAGUGACUCAAUGAAAAAAGAACUUUACUAUGAAGUAAACGAACAUUAUUUGUUCCAUGGAACGAAAUCAGACACAAUAAGUGCUCUCAUUCACAAUGGCCUUGACCCACGGCUUUCUAAUGAAGCUGCCUUCUUUGGAAAAGGAAUUUAUGCAGCUGAGAGAGCUACCAAGUCGGAUCAAUACACCGGUAAUUUAUGUUCUCUUAAGUACUUUAAAAUGGGAUCGGUUAUGAAAUAAGCAUCAAACCCUGUCACGCUACAGCCCAUAUAGGGCUUUAACCUUCCUCACCAUUUUCUUCCACUCAUGCUUAUGCUUUUUUUUUCCAUGCUUGAAGUCCCAGAUAUUUUCAACAUCGUCUUUCCAUCUAGGGUAAGCUUAGGUUUUCUUUUGCUCCUCUGUUAUUUGGAAUUUUUCUAAGAGUCCCGCCCAGUGCAGUCUACCCUUUUUUACUUCUGCUUUUAGAGUGGGAUCCUGGUAUAGUCCAUACAAACAUUUCCCUUCAUACCUCUUUACACCUGCCAAAAUCCCAACUUUUAGUUUAAGAACAAUGUGUAUUUUAUUUGCUAGACUGCAGUUUUAAUCAAAAUUUUUAUAAUGAGAACCUCUGUUGAUUUGAUGGAUUGUUAAGUAGUUAAAGGCUCAAAAUUAUUACUCUAAAUGUAUGAUAGUUUCCAUGUGUUUUAAUUUGACAUUUUUGAUUAAUUGAUCUAAUAAAAAAACUCAAUAGAACUUGGAAUGGGUAAUUUUAAUAUUUAACAAUUUAAUGCAAUUUGAUAAAUUAUUGAGCUUCAGUAUUCUUUCCAUUUGCUGCCUUUUCACUAGUGAGUAUUAGUUCACUUUAAGAGGGUACCAUAUUAUUGAACUAUUUGGGAGUCAAAUAAAUUCAGUUAACUUGUAUAAUUCUGGCCUUAUGCUUAUGCUUAUGGUAUAUUAUUUGUCAUUUAAUUAAAAAAAUGACUAAAACAUAUAUUAUUAUUCUUUCAAUUGUAGAUCUGAAGCACCAAAGAACACCCAAUGGUACAAAGCUGACUCUUAUAUUGACAAGGAUGCUUAUGGGGAAUGUGUUUCUUUGUGAUGGAAAUCAUAAAUCUGUACAAGGCAAAGGUAAAAGCAGUGUAUAGUAUGAUAUCAAGUAUCAUAAUUGCCAUAGUAUUUUAUUUUAAUAAAGGCUCAAAUAGGAUUCGCUUCUAACAAUAUUUCAACAUAUUUUAGUUUGUGAAUAUCAAUAUUAUCAAUAGGGUUAAAAAAUGUAGGUCUAUUUAUUAAGUGCAAUGUUUCAUUUUUGGAAGUGAAAUCCAAAAUAUCUCUCAUAAGACUUCUUGUGAAACAUUUCAAACCAGAUUCAAAUCAAGAAAACACUGCCUGGACCAUUUACAAUGUGUCCUACUUACAAAUAACUUAAUUUUAGAGAUUUUUCCCAAUGUUUGUUUAGUUACCUAACUGUUAUUUUGAAAAUCUUAUCUACAUUAGCAAAAAAACGGGGUGAGACAGGACUCAUUUAGCACCUGCCAGUGCAGCUCUCCCAACCCCUCCUCCCCCACUAGUGGGCAGAGAGUGGCAUGCAAAAAACCUAUGUGUAAUUUGGAAACAAUGUUUCUAGUGACUUCAAAUUUUUAUUGCCUAGUACCUCUUUAAUAUGAGUUAUUUUCUGAUAAGUUUCAAUGACCGUAGUUUCUUUCUAGUUAUUUCAUCAUUGCUGUUUUAAUGGGUCUCUUCACUGUAAAGAUUGCUUUUACACAGUUGCAUUGUUGGUUAUUUUCUUGAGCUUUCCUGUGGGGUUCAGAUUUCCUUAUAUACAGCUUGAUUGCAGUCUCCCAAUAUUACAAAUUAAAUAUUUAUAGUUUCAAAAAUAUUUUUGCUCUUAUUUCACAGGAAGCAAGAAAUUGUCUCGCCCCCCUUGUAUGUCAUGUUUGGAAGAUUUCUGCAAAUGUAGAGACCAAACUUUGUUUGAUUCUGUGAUGGGAGAUGGCAAGUGGCUUUUCAGAGAGUUUGUUGUCUACGAGAGUUCUCAAUGCUAUCCUGAAUAUGUGAUAACUUAUACCAGAGUCUGAUGUACUUGUGCUUAAGAAAAGCUCAUUACUUUUAUUUGAUAUUUCUAAAGAUUCAUAUUCACAUCAGUCAGUGUCCGUAAUCAUGAAUAAUGAGAAGGAAAUAGUGAAUCAAGUUUUUUUGAAGCUUAAAAUGAAAAGACAGGCCAAUGAAAGGAGAACUCUCCAACAUAGAUGUUAAAGGCAUGAACUUGGUAGUUUUUUGUUUUUUUUAAAUUUUAUGAACCAAUGGAUUUUCAGCAUUACCC